CUAAAAACAACAUAUAAAAUAUCUAUCCUUCUCUUUCUCCUUCUAUUUCUCCCUCUCCUUUAUCCAAACUCAAAGCCAACACUGUAGGCAGAGAAGAUGAUUGGCCUCAAGCUCAUUCAAACCUCUUUCACCACCACCAAGCAUAACAUUUUACACAGAGGAAGACUGUCCAACGCUAAGAAUUCCAUCUUGCGCUUCAGCAAGUCCAGUGAUUCUGAUUCUGAGUCAGAAGCUUCCCCACCACAAGGAGAUACUCGCAAGCAGGACCUGCUGGUGAGGAUAGCAAUGCUUCAAGCUCAGAAAGUCCGUCUCACUGAUUACUUAGACGAAAGAUCCGAAUAUCUUACCAAAUUUGGAGAAGAGGCCACCGCUGAGUUUGACAAGAUUGGAGAAGACGCCCUCAAAGACCUGGAUGAAGCCAGUACCAGGAUUAUGGACAAUAUAAACAGCCGCAUGCAGGCCUUCGAGGAAUCUGCAGGAAUUAACAUUGAGGAGAUGGAGAAAAAUGAGAACGAGUUAGCAGCAUUUGAAGGUGAGAUAGACAAAGAACGCAAUGAAGGGUUAUUUUUUAAGAAUCUGACACAGGGGAAACCGAAGGAAAAAGUGGAUGCUACGGAGGAAACAAAGAAGAUCAAGAAGCUUACCAAAAAAAGUGCAGGAUCAGAAACCAGGAGGAACAUUUAUGUUGCACUGAUUGGCCUGCUACUCAUACAAAUCGUUGAAUCCUUCAUCACUUCAACGCCUGAUUGGAGAAAAGUUGCAGUUCUCGGCGCAAUUUUUGUGGGUUUGGUUGCUCAGGUCAUCUAUGAGCAGAAAAUGUUAUCAGAAACAGAAAUAACAGAAGAGGGGAAAACAGAGGAAGAAAGAAGGUGAUGCUUGUCCUACUCAUGAAGCAAAAACAUUAUGCUGUAAAAUGUUCAGCCUUAACUAUUUUACAUAAACAUAGCUUGGGUCUACACAAAUAUACCAUGCUUUUCCUGAUCAAUGGAGAAAGCACUACUUCCCAGCUACACAAAUAUAGCAUGAUUAAUAAACCCAAGUAAAUCUUACAACUUGGGUUUGAUACGUCAAGCCUUGCUUUUGCAUCAUCAAAAGGUGAUCUUGGUGAUGUACUGCAAUCACCAAAAACUAUGUAACUGAGUUACAUAUAUGAUGCUUCAUGAACUUUUAGUUACAAUGGAUCAUGCCAAGCACGCCUUUAGAUUUUUUAAUUAA